AUGUCCUCGAUCUGAUAUUCUGAAUACAGCAAAAAUCCAAAACCAAACAAAAACACAAUCCCCUCCUCAUUCAGAGAAACUUCGCAUUUCUCUCGUUCCGAUCUCUUUCUCUCUGAUCGAUCGCCGAGAAAGAAGAAGAAGAAGAGAAAAUGUACGGAUUCGAAGCCUUAACGUUCAACGUAGAUGGAGGGUACUUGGAAGCGAUCGUGAGGGGACACAGAGCUGGGCUUCUCACCGCCUCUGAUUACAACAACUUGUGCCAGUGCGAAAACCUCGAUGACAUCAAGAUGCACCUCUCCGCCACCGAGUACGGCCCUUACCUCCAAAACGAACCUUCCCCAUUGCAUACAACUACAAUUGUUGAGAAAUGCACUCUUAAAUUGGUUGAUGAGUACAAGCACAUGUUAUGCCAAGCGACAGAGCCCUUGUCAACCUUCUUAGAGUACAUUACAUACGGUCACAUGAUAGACAAUGUUGUCCUGAUUGUUACUGGAACCUUGCAUGAGAGAGAUGUUCAUGAACUAUUGGAAAAAUGCCACCCAUUGGGCAUGUUUGAUAGCAUUGCUACCUUGGCAGUUGCUCAGAAUAUGCGGGAGCUUUAUAGGCUGGUUCUUGUUGAUACACCACUUGCUCCAUACUUCUCGGAGUGUAUUACAUCAGAGGACUUGGAUGACAUGAACAUUGAAAUAAUGAGGAACACUCUUUACAAGGCAUACCUUGAGGAUUUUUACAGGUUUUGCCAGAAACUUGGGGGUGCCACAGCAGAGAUCAUGUCUGACCUCCUUUCCUUUGAGGCUGACAGAAGAGCUGUCAAUAUUACCAUAAAUAGCAUUGGAACUGAGCUUACCCGAGAUGAUCGUCGGAAGUUGUACUCUAACUUUGGUUUACUUUACCCAUAUGGCCAUGAGGAACUCGCUGUUUGUGAAGACAUUGACCAGGUCCGUGGUGUUAUGGAGAAAUAUCCUCCUUAUCAGUCUAUCUUCGCUAAAAUGUCCUAUGGAGAAAGCCAGAUGCUAGACAAGGCAUUCUAUGAAGAGGAGGUGAAAAGGCUUUGCUUAGCAUUUGAACAACAGUUCCAUUAUGCUGUUUUCUUUGCGUACAUGAGGUUGAGGGAGCAGGAGAUAAGGAACCUGAUGUGGAUUUCUGAAUGUGUAGCUCAGAACCAGAAAUCCCGAGUCCAUGACAGUGUUGUCUUCAUAUUUUAGUCGAAUUUCAACAUCUAGAAAUAACUAUUUGUGAUUUGUCUAAGCAUAAUCUUCUGUAAAUCUCCUCCCUGUGUCAUCUUCCAAUGAGUAGCAGAGAGAAGCCUCCUGCACCGUUUUCGAGAUUGUGUGUUGAAAAUAAUAGCUUUUGUAUUGGUUAUGUAGAGGGAAAGUCAUUGUAUCAAAUUGGUCAAAUAUAUUUUGGAUGUGAGGAGAAAUCGGAUUUUUUAUAUUAUUUUUCAUUAUAAUAAAAAUAAUAGGUUGGUGGUUACAUAAAA